CCAACCCGGAAGCUGUUCUGGUAGUCCUGACUUGCCCUGCUACCUUGGCACCGCAGUACCCUGGAAAAAAAUCUGUCACUUUUCUCCUUUUUUACCGAAAUAACCCGCUUUUUUCGUCCCCUGAACCGUUCACGGUUACACCCGGGAAACUACAAUGCUUUCACCGAGGUUCCUGCUCCUGCGGUCGACCGCGUCUUUGACCUCCAGGUCAUUUAGCGUGGGGGCCGUGCUGAAGCAGGGCAAGGCGCCUGACAUGGCUGACGGAAACCCACUUUUGCACGUGUCUAAUGUGAGAAACAGGCUGAGAGAAAUCGUGGGAGCUUCCACAAACUGGAGCGACCACCAGCAGGCCAUGUCUGAGCGCCUGUCGCUCUCCGACAUGUUGGCCAAGUCUCAGGACGACCUCCCCCUCAAGAGGAUGAAGGACAGCAGGCUGGAGGUUCACCUGCCUCUGGGCUCAGAGCCACAGCUCAGGGAGAAAUACCUCACCUUCCACAACACUGUCAGGUUUGGUCGGAUCCUGGAGGAUUUGGACAGUUUAGCAGUCCUCAUCUCUUACUCUCACACCUACAAUCCGGCUCUGAAGAAAACCCCUCUGUCCAUCGUCACCGCCCUGGUGGAUAAGAUUGACAUGAGGCAGCACAUCAUCUACCCUGACUGCGACAUCAAGUUCAGCGGUCAUGUGACGUGGGUGGGAAAGACUUCUAUUGAAGCCAAGAUGCACAUGUCACAGUACCAAAAUGGAGCUUAUUCCCCGAUUCUGGAUGCAACUUUUGUCAUGGUGGCCCGCGAUCCAGAAAACAAGAGGGCAGCUUAUGUAAACCCGCUGAAGCCAGAAGGUCCAGAGGAGGAGAAACUUUUCCAGGAAGGAGAAGCGAAUAAAGUGCGCCGUGUGGAGCUAAGCACGGCCUCGCUGCUGAAGGUGGCGCCGACAGACGAAGAGAGGAAGAUCGUCCACGGUCUGUUCCUCAACACCCUCGACACAAAGACGGUCAGUUUCCGCAGCAGACUCCUGCCUCCGAACUCUGUGUGGAUGGAAGACGCAAAACUGAAAGGACUGGAGAUCUGCCAUCCUCAGGAGAGGAACAUCUUCAACAGAAUUUUUGGAGGUUUUCUGAUGAGGAAAGCGUACGAGCUGGGCUGGGCCAACGCCUGCUCCUUUGGAGGAUGUCGCCCCAGCCUGAUGGCGGUUGAUGACAUCCUCUUCCAGAAACCCGUGGAGAUCGGAUCGCUGCUGCUGCUCUCAUCUCAGGUGUGUUACACACAGGGGAAUCACAUACAGGUGAGAGUUCAUAGCGAGGUGUUCGACCCUCUGACCCGGCAGCACAACACCACCAACGUCUUCCACUUCACCUUCAUCUCUGACCGCGAAGUCCCCAACAUCAUUCCAAUGACAUACGGAGAGUCGAUGCUUUACCUGGACGGAAAGAGACACUUUAAUCAGACCGUGGAUCCCUGAAGGCAACAUGUCUGCCACCUGCCUGCCAAAGCUUU